CACAUGGCAGUUACAGGAAGCAAGAACUAGUUCUUACAUACAACCUGCUCAACUCAAUUCUGAAGCUUUGCUAAAUUCUGAAUCCCAAUCUAAUCCACAAAAUUUCAAAGAUAUGGCACAGAGUGAAGAGGCGAAAAGAAAUUCGAAUCUUGAAAGCUGUGAUGCGUAUUUUGAGACCAUACAGUCGAGGAAGAAGUUACCGUUAGCAUUGCAGGAGACUUUAAAUACUGCAUUUGCAACAAUUCCUGUGUCCUCGUUCCCAUUAGUCCCCACAGGCAAAGUCAUUGAAAUUCUGGCAGACACGUCUGUUGCUGAUGCUGUCAAGAUUUUUUCGGAAUGCAAUAUAAUGGCCGCUCCUGUGAAGAAUCCGGAAGCUACGAGUAGUUCGGAUUGGAGAGAUAGGUACCUGGGAAUUAUAGAUUACUCUGCUAUUGUUCUGUGGGUGUUGGAGAGUGCAGAACUUGCAGCUGUUGCUUUAUCAGCAAGUACAGCCACAGCUGCUGGCGUGGGUGCGGGGGCUGUUGGUGCUAUCGGAGCAGUAGCGUUAGGUGUAACAGGUCCGGCUGCGAUUGCUGGCCUCACUGCUGCUGCAGUGGGUGCUGCUCUUGUUGGUGGUGUGGCUGCCGAUAAGGGAAUCGGGAAAGAUGCUCCCACUGCUGCCGAUAACUUGGGCGAGGAUUUCUACAAAGUUAUUCUUCAAGAAGAACCCUUCAAGUCGACCACUGUGAAGUCGGUUCUUAAAACAUACCGAUGGGCUCCUUUUAUUCCAGUUGCAACAGACAGUUCAAUGUUGAGUGUGUUGCUUCUACUUUCCAAAUACAGGCUGCGUAAUGUACCUGUAGUUGAACCAGGAAAGCCUGACAUUCAGAACUUCAUCACCCAAACUGCAAUUAUUCAGGGUCUCGAGGGAUGCAAGGGAAGGGAUUGGUUUGAUUGUAUUACUGCACGGCCUAUUUCAGAUUUCGGACUUCCUUUCAUGUCUUCAAAUGAGGUUAUUAGCAUCCAAAGUAACAAACUGAUUCUUGAAGCUUUCAAGUUAAUGAAAGAGAACCAUAUCGGUGGUCUUCCGGUUAUAGAAGGGCCAGACAAGAAGAUUGUUGGGAAUGUAAGCAUAAGGGAUAUACGGCACUUGUUGCUGAAACCGGAACUUUUCAAUAGCUUCAGGCAGCUCACAGUUUCUGAUUUCAUGGCAACAAUCAGCGCGACUCAAGGAAGCGGCAGAGUUGUUCCUCCAAUCACAUGCAAAGUCGACGCGACGCUUGGCAGUGUGAUUCAGUGUCUUGCUUUAAAGUUGGUUCACAGAAUUUAUGUGGUGGCUGGAGAUGACAAUAAAGUUGCUGGUGUGAUUACACUGAGAGAUGUGAUCUCCUGUUUCAUUUAUGAGCCUCCUAACCAUUCUGAUAACUACUUCGGUUUUUCAGCAAAAGAAAUGUUGAACAAGUCAUGAUUUCUCUCUGUUGUGAGCAUCUCUAUUAAGAAUUUCAGGAGAUGUAGAAAUCUAACAAUAAAGAUGGAGUUUUAGUUGUUUUUUCUUAUUAUUAUUCAUGUUGGACAUUACAGAAUGCAAGUAAGAAGUAAAUUUACGAUCAAAGUUUUGUGCUGAUGUA